CGCUCCGGGGGCGCGGCGAGGCCGAAGGGGCGGGCGCCGGGCGGAGCCGGAGCCGGAGCCGGGGCGCCUGGAGGCGAUCGGGCCGCUCUCUCCGAGCCCAGGGCAGCGGAGAGACCGUGCGGCGGGGGUCGGGGCCGGAGCGCAGCCGGGGGUCUGAGGUGGGCCGAGAGGAGCCGCGGCCCCAGCGGCCGGAGGGGCGCCAGGAGCCUCCCACGGGGCGCGGAGGCCGGGCGGGCCCGGGCCAUGCGCGCCGCUCGCUGAGGCCGAGGGAGGCCGCGAUGGAGGUGCCGGCGGGGGAGUCCCCGGCUCGGGGCUGCGGCCCCCCGCCCGCUCCCGCUCCGGAGAGGAAGAAGAGCCACCGCGCGCCGUCGCCGGCCCGGCCCAAGGACGUGGCCGGCUGGUCGCUGGCCAAGGGCCGCCGCGGCCCAGGCCCGGGCUCAGCAGCCGCCUGCAGCGUCGCGUCCUCGGCGCGGCCCGACAAGAAGGGGCGUGCGGUGGCGUCCGGGGCGCGGGGCUCAGGGACCCGGGUGGCCGGUGUCCGCACUGGGGUCCGCGCCAAGGGCCGUCCGCGCCCGGGGACCGGGCCGCGACCGCCGCCACCGCCGCCCAGCCUCACCGACAGCAGCUCGGAGGUGUCGGACUGCGCGUCGGAGGAGGCGCGCCUGCUGGGCCUGGAGCUGGCGCUGAGCAGCGACGCUGAGUCGGCGGCCGGGGGCCCGGGGGGAGCCCGCACCGGGCAGCCGUCCCAGCCUGCGCCGUCCGCACAACAGCCUCCGCGGCCCCCCACCUCCCCCGAGGAGCCGUCCGUGGCCGCGUCGUCGGUGGGGAGCAGCCGCCUGCCACUCAGUGCCUCGCUCGCCUUCUCCGACCUCACUGAGGAGAUGCUGGACUGCGGGCCCGGCGGUUUCGUGCGAGAGCUGGAGGAGCUGCGCUCAGAAAACGACUAUCUCAAGGAUGAGAUUGAGGAGCUGCGGGCAGAGAUGCUGGAGAUGCGGGACGUCUAUAUGGAGGAGGAUGUAUACCAGCUGCAGGAGCUGCGGCAGCAGCUGGACCAGGCCAGCAAGACCUGUCGCAUCCUGCAGUACCGGCUGCGCAAGGCUGAGCGCCGCAGCCUCCGUGCUGCCCAGACUGGCCAGGUGGACGGCGAGCUCAUCCGUGGCCUGGAGCAGGACGUCAAGGUCUCUAAGGACAUCUCCGUGCGGCUGCAUAAAGAGCUCGAGGCGGUGGAGAAGAAACGGGCGAGGCUGGAGGAGGAGAAUGAGGAGCUUCGGCAGCGGCUCAUUGAGACUGAGCUGGCCAAGCAGGUGCUGCAGACGGAGCUGGAGCGGCCGAGAGAGCAUUCCUUGAAGAAAAGAGGAACCCGCUCCCUUGGGAAGACGGACAAGAAACCUUCCAUGCAGGAGGACAGUGCCGACCUGAAGUGCCAGCUGCACUUUGCAAAGGAGGAGUCGGCCCUCAUGUGCAAGAAGCUCACCAAGCUGGCCAAGGAGAAUGACAGCAUGAAGGAGGAGCUGCUCAAGUACCGCUCGCUCUACGGGGACCUGGAUGGCGCCCUGUCGGCCGAGGAGCUGGCGGACGCACCCCACUCGCGGGAGACCGAGCUCAAGGUUCAUCUGAAGCUGGUGGAGGAGGAAGCCAACCUGCUGAGCCGCCGCAUCGUGGAGCUGGAGGUGGAAAACCGCGGCCUGCGGGCCGAGAUGGACGACAUGAAGGAUCACGGUGGAGGCUGCGGGGGCCCCGAGGCCCGCCUGGCUUUCUCCGCUCUGGGCGGCGGCGAGUGCGGGGAGAGCUUGGCGGAGCUGCGGCGACACCUGCAGUUCGUGGAGGAGGAGGCCGAGCUGCUCCGGCGCUCCUCAGCCGAGCUGGAGGACCAGAACAAGCUGCUGCUGAGCGAGCUGGCCAAGUACCGCUCGGAGCACGAGCUGGACGUGACGCUGUCGGAGGACAGCUGCUCCGUGCUCAGCGAGCCCUCGCAGGAGGAGCUGGCAGCCGCCAAGCUGCAGAUCAGCGAGCUCAGCGGCAAGGUCAAGAAGCUGCAGUACGAGAACCGGGUGCUCCUCUCCAACCUCCAGCGCUGUGACCUCGCCUCCUGCCAGAGCACGCGGCCGAUGCUGGAGACGGACGCCGAGGCCGGGGACUCGGCCCAGUGUGUGCCCGCGGCCCUUGGCGAGGCCCACGGACCCCACAGCGCCCGGCUCUGCAGGGCCCGGGAGGCCGAGGUGCUGCCAGGGCUGAGGGAGCAGGCCGUCCUGGUCAGCAAGGCCAUCGACGUCCUGGUGGCCGAUGCCAACGGCUUCACGGCCGGCCUCCGCCCGUAUCUGGACAACGAGUGUGCCGACUUUCGGCUGCACGAGGCCCCCGGCAACAACAGCGAGGGCCCCAGGGACACCAAGCUGAUCCACGCUCUCCUGGUGCGGCUGAGCUUGCUCCAGCAGGAGCUCCACGCCUUCACGCGGAAGGCGGACUCGGUCCUCGGGGGCCCCAACAAGGAGCAGCCAGAGCCCUUCUCGACGCUGCCUGCCUUGGGCUCCCAGGGACCCUCCAAGGAGAUUCUUCUGGCCAAAGACCUUGGCUCAGACUUCCAGGUGCAGCCACCUGACCUCAGGGACCUGCCGGAAUGGGAGCCCAGGAUACGAGAGGCCUUCCGCAGCGGCGACUUGGACUCCAAGCCCGACCCCAGCCGGAGCUUCAGGCCUUACCGAGCUGAAGACAAUGAUUCCUAUGCCUCUGAGAUCAAGGAGCUGCAGCUGGUGCUGGCCGAAGCACAUGACAGCCUCCGGGGCCUGCAAGAGCAGCUCUCCCAGGAGCGGCAGCUGCGGAAGGAGGAGGCUGAAAACUUCAACCAGAAAAUGGUGCAGCUGAAGGAGGACCAGCAGAGGGCACUCCUGCGGCGGGAGUUUGAGCUGCAGAGUCUGAGCCUGCAGCGGAGGCUGGAGCAGAAAUUCUGGAGCCAGGAGAAGAACAUGUUGGUUCAGGAGUCCCAGCAGUUCAAGCACAACUUCCUCCUGCUCUUCAUGAAGCUCAGGUGGUUCCUCAAGCGCUGGCGGCAGGGCAAGGUUUUGCCCAGCGAGGGAGAUGACUUCCUUGAGGUAAAUAGCAUGAAGGAGCUGUACCUGCUAAUGGAGGAAGAGGAAUUAAACGCCCAGCAUUCUGAUAACAAGACCUGCAUGGGGGACAGCUGGACCCAAAACACGCCCAAUGAGUACAUCAAGACACUGGCUGACAUGAAGGUGACGCUGAAGGAGCUAUGCUGGCUGCUUCGGGAUGAACGCCGCGGUCUGACUGAGCUUCAGCAACAGUUUGCCAAGGCCAAGGCCACCUGGGAGACAGAGCGGGCAGAGCUCAAGAGCCAUACUGCCCUGAUGGAGCUGAAGGCUGGGAAGGGGGCUGGAGAUCGGAUAGGGCCCGACUGGAAGGCAGCCCUGCAGAGGGAACGGGAGGAACAGCAGCACCUCCUGGCUGAGUCCUACAGUGCAGUCAUGGAGCUGACGCGGCAGCUGCAGAUCAGUGAGCACAACUGGGGCCAGGAGAAGCUGCAGCUGGUGGAGCGGCUUCAGGGUGAGAAGCAGCAGGUGGAGCAGCAGGUAAAGGAGCUGCAGAAUCGCCUGAGCCAGCUGCAGAAGGCUGCUGACCCUUGGGUCCUGAAGCACUCGGAUCUGGAGAAGCAGGAUAACAGCUGGAAAGAGACACACAGUGAGAAGAUCCACAGCAAGGAGGCUGCUUCUGAAGCUGAGCUUGGGGGAACCGGCUUAAAGAGGACCAAAUCUGUUUCCUCCAUGUCAGAGUUUGAAAGUCUGCUGGACUGUUCCCCCUACCUCGCAGGGGAAGCCGCCCGGGGCAAGAAGCUGCCCAACAGCCCUGCCUUUGCCUUUGUGGGCCCCCAGCCGGUGGACCCGGAGAAGGCUGCCCCGGAACAGCCAGGGCUCUCACCACGUGACUGCAACCGCCUGGGUGCCCUGGGCUGCCAGGAGCCGUCGGGGAGGCAGAUGCAGCGCAGCUACACGGCUCCCGACAAGACGGGCAUCCGCGUCUACUACAGCCCCCCGGUGGCCCGGCGCCUGGGCGUCCCCGUGGUCCAUGACAGGGAGGGCAAGAUCAUCAUCGAGCCCGGCUUCCUCUUCACCACAGCCAAGCCCAAAGAGUCGGCCGAGGAGGACGGGCUGGCGGAAAGCUCCUACAGCCGCUGGCUCUGCAACUUCUCCCGGCAGCACCUGGACGGGGGCUCCGGGGGCGGCCCCUCGGCGGCCGGGCCCGGCUUCCCGGCGGCCCUGCACGACUUUGAGAUGUCGGGCAACAUGAGCGACGACAUGAAGGAGAUCACCAACUGCGUGCGCCAGGCCAUGCGCUCGGGCUCGCUGGAGCGGAAGGUGAAGAGCGCGUCCAGCCAGACGGUGGGCCUGGCCAGCGUGGGCACGCAGACCAUCCGCACGGUCAGCGUGGGCCUGCAGACCGACCCGCCGCGCAGCAGCCUGCACGGCAAGAGCUGGUCGCCCCGCGGCUCCUCGCUGGUGUCCGUGCGCAGCAAGCAGAUAUCCUCCUCCCUGGACAAGGUGCACUCGCGCAUCGAGCGGCCGUGCUGCUCGCCCAAGUACGGCUCGCCCAAGCUCCAGAGGCGGUCCGUGUCCAAGCUGGACGGGGCCAAGGACCGCAGCCUGUGGAACCUGCAUCAGGGCAAGCAGAACGGCUCGGCCUGGGCCCGCUCCACCACCACGCGGGACAGCCCCGUGCUGAGGAACAUCAAUGAUGGGCUGUCCAGCCUAUUCAGCGUGGUGGAGCACUCGGGGAGCACCGAGUCCGUCUGGAAACUGGGCGUGUCCGAGGCCCGGGCCAAGCCCGAGCCUCCCAAGUAUGGCAUCGUGCAGGAGUUCUUCCGCAACGUGUGUGGCCGGGCGCCAAGCCCCACGUCCAUACCCGGGGAGGAGGGCGCCAAGAAGCUGGAGCCCAUCUCCCCUGCCAGCUACCACCAGCCGGAGGGCAUGGCCAGGAUCCUGAACAAGAAGGCAGCCAAGUCAGGCGGCAGCGAGGAGGCCAGGCUUUCUAUGCUCCCCCAGGUGGGGAAGGAUGGGGUCCCUCGUGAUGGAGAUGGAGCCACGGUCCUUCCCAAUGAGGAUGCCGUGUGUGACUGUAGCACCCAGUCUCUCGCCUCCUGCUUCGCCCGGCCAUCCCGCUCUGCCGUCCGCCACUCUCCUUCCAAGUGCAGGCUGCACCCUUCGGAGUGCGCCUGGGGUGGGGAGGAGAGGGCAGCCCCCCCCAGCGAGUGACAGAGCAGCCGAGCUCCCCACCUCAACCAGCCCAGUCCCUGGACAGCCAAAGGGAACCCGCGGAGAGGAGACGAGGUGAGGGGCCCGCGCCCCCUGCAUCUCUCGCCCAGGACGGACAGCAGCUGCACCACCGCCGCAGAAGGGCUUCCCAUCCAGGUAAAGCGGGGCCUCCUGCUGACUGCUGGGUGGCGAUCUCUGACUUCCAGGGGGGAAGGCAGCGAGUGGGAGAAAGACCAAAACUGGGCUUCAGAAGCAUCUCCAGAGAGAUCCCUUGGGAGCUGAUCCCUGGGUCAUAACGGAGAGGCUUGCCUGGUUCUAGGCACACCCACUUCUCAGAAGAGCCAAGGAAAGGAUACACUUCCGGCCAUGCCCCUCAGGGAAAAGGGCUCACAGAGACGUUCCCUGACAACCACAUCCCUCUUCACGGGGAAGAAACACCAAUGAGAAGAACAGGCUUUGCUCUAGGGCUCAACUUGGGGUUCUUGGUGGAGCUGAAAUGGGCAUCACCCCGUCCAUUUCUUCCCUCCACCGCCUCCUCCCCCCAGCCUUCUGCUCUGGAUUGCUGUGGCUCUAGGGGAUAUGAUAGGGCGGUAACCAGGGUCAAGUAUCUGCUUGGAAUCCUGGAGCCCUGGAUCUCCCUGCCCGUAGCUUGGAUGCAGCAAGGACUAGAAGACGAGGGGCUCAGGGUUGGGGAGCCACUGGAACUGCCUUUCUUGCCAAGGUGACUUGGGGGGCCCCAACCUUCCCAGGAGACUCCUUGAGGACAGAAAUAGGUAAAGUCCAUCUCAAGACCUGGUGCACAGAUAAAUAAAUGCCUAAUUGCCCACUGCCUUGACCGCUGGGGUCUCUUUCCCUGGCACCCUGGAGGGGCACUGCAUCUCCACUGUGAUUACAUCCUGCAGCUGGUGGAGGGCAAAGACGUUCCCAGUAAGAGACUCCCAGAUGGCCAGGUCAGGCCAAGGAGCAUGCCGAGAGGCCAGUGCCCCAGGACAUGGCAAUAGACUGGGGCCUGGAAACACAUUUCUUGCCUCGGUUGUUUAUUUGAAUUUUUCUUACUAUAAAUAUUUAAGGUGGUUUUACUUUAUUUUAAUAAUUUAACUUACCCCAAAGCCCCUAAGGUAAUUUAUUGGAGGUUGAUCCAUGUACUCUCGCCACUGGGACAAUGCAAGUCUUUAACACGAUGGACAGGCGCAGGGUCCCCUGUGUGGAUGAGGCAACUCCGCAGCCGAGCUCUGGUCUCCAGGUCAGCUUUGGAGGGCCCCCCAGCAAAGCUGGAGCCCUGCAGUCUGCUCCCCCAAAACUGCUGACCCUUUGGCCUCAGAGCACCACUUUACACUCAACACCCGGUACUUGCCCAACCCCCAGACGUGAGUCUGUAAAUGCUCACAGACAGGGUGGAGGGCUGGACCGCUUCCCAAACAUUUUCCAUUUUCUUUCUCACUUUCCUCCCUCCCUCUGACACCUUUUUUGGUUCGAUGAGUCAAACACGGAUUACUAAGGCUUUAUCAAGAGCAUGGAGAUCUCUCCAAGUUCCCCAAGUGAGAACUCACAGGAAAACAGGACUGAACUUCAAGAAUGUUGUUUAUUGCAGCUUUGCACAUGGAUCUGAGAGUGUCUGCCAGCCUGCCUCAGUUCUCACCAGCCUGCCAGCUUUUUCACCAGCCUCUCUCCUUUGCCUAUGGGCUCUCCCGGCUCGCCUCCCAGCCCCAAUUCCACUGCCCACCCUUCCCCAUGUCCCAUGUGAGCUGCCUGAGCCAUCGGAUGGAUUGCACCGUGGCUCAUCACAGUGUGGUGAUGGGGGAGGGGUACUCAGAUGGCCUCCCCCUUGGUGCCAGUGAGCCCGUUUUGUUUACACACAUGCCCACACAUCUGCCUGUAACGGGCUGGGGGCUCAGAGUGGAAACACCAGGAUAGAGUGGCUUAUCUGUGAAUUUGCCAUCAGGAAGACCAAAAGCCAGCAGCUUGGCUAAUUUGCCCCCAGGACUCAGGAGAUGCCUCUGCGCUCCCACCUACCAGCUCCCGGUCUUGCCCUUUCUGGGGCGCCUGGACCAGUUACCCAAAUUCCUUCAUUGCCAUUCCCUAUCAGCAGAACUUGGGGUUAUGUUAGUGCAAGCAGCCACUUCCUCAUGCCAUAGUGACCUGUGCGGGCAGAGCAGGCAGGCUGAUGGAGCCAUGGGCCAAUCCCCUCUAGGAUGCCACUGCUCCCACCCAAGAGGUCAGGGGGCCCCUCCAAGGUUAUCUCCAAGGGAGGGGAUUCACACAAGGCCACAAGCCACCAGAGGCCUCUGGCACUUCCCAGAGCUGCAGAGGGCCAGGGAGGCUGUGCUUCUAGCCUUGGGGAGAAAUCCUCAUGAGAUCUGAACCCUGCGGACCGUUCAGCCUUACCGUCGUUCUCAUCCAAGAUUGUCCUUGCAUUCUCAUUGUCUUAGAGCCUGGCCACCCAGCCCUCAGCCAGUGUCAGAGACCCCAGAUCUUGGUUUUCAAUAAAGUCCCAGUUUCUGCUUCCUGCAUGCCACUGUACAAGGUCACUCAUCACUGUUCCUACAGAAGCCUCUGGAUGAGGGGCUUGAUGGGGUUGAAACUGUUACGUGUAAAUAUUGGUUUGGUUUGAUUUUUAGCAUUUUAAUUAGUAACGGUUGUAUUUUCUUUUUUGGGGUGGGGGGUUGGUUUGUAAAAACUCUCUACUCUUUUGGAA